UUAUAUGCGAAGAAAAAAAAAAAAGGACAAUGUUAUAUUAGAGCUAGCUGCACCCACAAAUAGGCUUGCUACUACAUUUUGAAUCCCAUCAGAAGAUGCAGAUUCUGUCAGUCAUUUCUGGCUAUAGAAAUGGACCGUACAAUUCUCUCUUAUCAACGGAUAUAUGUGGUUGGAAGGGAAACGAGAAGCAAGUUAUUGUGAAACAGAGGCAUAAGGAGAUGAAGUUUGUGAAGAGCUUGGCUCCACCUCUAAUGGCUGCCCUUAUAGCCUUAUCUCCUAUCUGCAACGCCCCAGAGUCAGCAGCACAAACCACCGCAGAUAUACAAAAGGGUGCAACGCUGUUUAAUCGUUCUUGCAUUGGGUGUCACGACGGCGGUGGAAACAUUAUUCAACCGGGUGCCACUCUUUUUCUGAAGGAUUUACAAAGGAAUGGAGUGGAGACAGAAGAAGAAAUAUAUCGCAUUACUUACUUCGGUAAGGGAAGAAUGCCGGGAUUUGGGGAGAAUUGCAGUCCAAGGGGUCAAUGUACUUUUGGGCCACGUUUGCAGGACCAAGAGAUUAAGAUGUUGGCCGAAUUUGUGAAGUCACAAGCUGAUCUAGGCUGGCCUACUAUGGAAAAUAUUCAAGAUUGAUUUUUUUUUUUUUUUUAACCACUGAUAUUUGAACUUAUUAAUAGAGACCGCUUAAUUUGGUUCGGGGCUUAAUUACAAUUAAAGUUCCCCAUCCCUCUCUGCAGAUGCAUUUAGUAGUGAUCGAACUCAAAAGCUCUUCCCAUGUAUUCAGUCUGUAUUAAUUUUUUCGAUUUUUCUUGUCUGUAUUAAUUUUUUCGAUUUUUCUUUUUCUCAUGUAAUAAAAUUGAUUAGUUAA